CUCGCACAGAUAAUUGUAAAUUACUUUAUUUUAGCUCGAAUUAGUUUUCGAUGAAAAGACUUUUUGGGUGUUUUGUAUGGAUUUUAUUUUUACUGAAUCAUUGCUUCAGUGAAAGUAGCAAAAAUAAAAUUAUUCUAAAGUAGCUUGUCAGUCCUUCUUGGCAUCACAGAUCAUACAUUCCAAUCUGGAGACCGUGGCAUAGUUGUUAUCGACCUUAACAUGUUGUAUAUACAGAUAAGGAGCUGAAAGAAACUGUUGACAAGAUCAUUGGGUGUGGAUACCUUGAAAACAUACCAACUCAUUCUGAAAAUGGUGAUACUGAACCUGAGAAAGAAGAAGUUGCUGUGGAGACAAUCGAGGGAGAUGAAUAUGUUGUGGUGGAGUCGGAAGAAGUACCAGAAGCUGGUGCACCAGAGAUUAUGUCAUCCCUACCCCCAGAGUUGCCAACUGUGAUGAUGGAGGAACCAGUCAUGCCACCGUCUACUAAUGGCCCUUUACUGUCAGAGUCCGUUAUCGUUAAACCACACAGAGAUGUUACCGAAGUGUUGGCUUCCGUACAGGGAGACUUCAACUUUAUGCAGGAAUCGAUGAUUGAUUUUCAGUCACCGCACAUGGACCCAGCUGUUGUUGAAUAUGCCACAUCACAGCCUAUGUUAUCACAAAGUACACAAUCAGCAAUACCACAACAAUCUCAGCUUGAUCCAACACAUUCUGUCAGUGCCCAACUGGAACAGAUCACUAGGUCCGCAAGUCUAGAUAAAUUAACACAAUCAAGUAGCGCACUAGAAACGGCCAUGCUUACGUCAACUCUUUCUGCUCAAGAAUGUCUAGUAUCACAGGAACAAUAUACGAACGCAGCAUCAAGUACUGACCACAGUUCAUUGCAACAGCAUUCAACGUUAGCGCAGUCGUUAGCAUCAACACAAACUCAUACAACCCAAAGUCAGAGUAUAUCGCAAACACUGCCCUCACAGUCAAUGACAGGUGCUAGUCAGAUGAGUGAACAGAGUCAGCUCGGUGAAUCGUUAUCAUCACAGCUAACAUCACAUUCUGCCUCCGUGCAAACAGUUACGAGUAUGGCGUCGCAGGAUACAGACCUUUCUCAGGGCAUGGCCCUAACACAUGAACAAUCGCAGCAACAACAGACGCAAGAGCAAACGCAACCACCUCCCAAAAUGAGCAGUCAGAUCAAUGUCAAUGCCCCUCCAUUCCAAUCGAUGACAUACAUGAGGCAGCAACAGCAGCAAUUGCCCACUUACGAACAGCAGGCUGCGGCACAGGUGGUGACGUCACAACCUCAACAGCUUGAAUAUGCUGAUCCGAAUAUGGGGCAGGCAGAGUAUUUCAACCAACAACAGCAAGGACUACAGGACAAUCAGCAUGAGCAGCAGAUGACCACACAGACUGGAGAGCCCCUUUCUGCUCCUGGUGGCUAUCCCCAUCAGCAUACAGGCAUGCAACAGCAUUAUCAGCGAGGUGGCUCACCCAGCGGACGUGGUAAUGGCCGUGGUGGACGUGGUACGAGAGGCAUGGGUAACAACAGUUAUCGCGGCUCUGGACGUCCAUUCACCCGUGGUGGAUAUUCAUCAUAUCAGCCAAGAGAUUACCAGUCUGCUUAUCCACCGCAAGACAGGUCACAAUAUGGUGGGUAUCCUCAAGGUGGUGGAUACAAAGGUAGAGGUGGUGUCCCAUCACGAGGUGUACCACAAAGAGGCCGUGGAAAUGGUUCCCGUGGCAACAAUGGAGGUAGAGGACGUGGUGGGUUUUCCAAGCCGCCAAAUCAACCAUCUCCGGUAUCUGCCUAGUGUCAAUAAAACCCAACCUCUUAUGCAAUGACCAGGACCAGGAAUUCUAUGCUCUCCUAUCCCUACAGGAAUGAACAUUGUCUAUAGUUGUAUUUCAUUAGUAAAUUAGUACUCUCAACAAUCCAAACGAAACCAGAUACCAGGAUUUAUAAUGGCUGUCCAGGCCCUCAGCUUUUUUCCCGUCAAAUUUGUUGAUAUUUUCACAUGUAUCUUUCGUAAAUAGAUUAACAAAAAAUGGAGAAUGCAAUACUUUUUUUUCUCUCUCUCUAGUUAUUACGUCAUAUUGAAAUCUGUCACCAUGACAGCAGUCUAUUUACUUUA